GAAAAUGGUCUCCAAGAUCGCCAGAAAGACCCUUACUAAAUCUUACAAGCACAGCCCAAAGACAAACCACCGCCGGCCUCGGAAGCCAACCCCUUCGCCUCUAAAAACACUUUCCUCUGCUGCCACCUCCAUCAACCGAUCCCUCUCUUCCUGCCGCAGGCGUCUCGUUAAGAUCUUUGCCACCCUCACCGUUUUCCACAGUCCAUGUAAGCGAAAACAAGGAUUCCACCGCCUCAGGCCAGCCCACGAUGACCAAAAGGGCACCAGUCCUCCUCUGUUUUCCACCCCCGCCCUUCCGCCUCUAUCAUUUCCAAGAAGAAAAACAGUUUUCUUUGAUCUUGAUGAAACCCUAAUCCACUCUUGUACUGGAAUGCCGCCUGAGCUCUAUGACUUCACCAUUCAUCCAGUUAUUGAUGGUAAAGAAAUUCCCUUCUAUGUCUUGAAGAGGCCAGGUGUGGAGGAGCUUCUCCGUACUGCCUCGGAGUUAUACGAAGUUGUCAUCUUCACCGCGGGACGUCGGGAGUAUGCCUCCCUCAUCCUGGACCGAUUGGACCCUAAAAGAAAGUUCAUCGCCCACCGGCUUUAUCGGGACUCAUGCAGGGAGAUAGAGGCGGGUAAGCUUGUGAAAGACCUCUCUGGUCUUGGCAGAGAUUUGGGAAAAGUAGUGAUUGUUGAUGACAACCCUGCAAGCUAUGCUCUGCAGAAGGAGAAUGCUAUUCCAAUUUCUCCCUUUAUCAAUGAUCUAAGCGACUGGGAGCUCAGGGAGGUGAUCAAGUUUUUGAAUUUCGCUGACAAUUUUGAUGACACGAGGGAGGCUGUGGCCUUCUAUCUCUCCGGCAACAGGAAGGGAGUACAGGUGGUGAUCGGAGUUCGACGACGAAGUAGUUAUCUUCCAUGGAGCUCGCAGGAGGAGGAUGUCCCCUUUGUUACAAUUACUUUAGGGUCAAGAGUUGACUCCCCCAUCUCUAGGAUGGAGAUCAUUGUCGCCCAUUUUACCACUGUACCCUCUACUCAUGAGGAUAAGAACUUGGGAUCAUUAACAAGGGAAGAGUUACCAUCUCAAUACGAGAUUGGGUCAGGUUCUAGCACCCCUGUCACUAGCAAAAAUAAGAGGAGGAACUACUUUCAAAGAGUCAGAAAGAAGGUUGUUAAGGCCAUAAAUACUAUUGAGUUAGAAGCCUUAAAAUAA